ACAACAUGAUAGUUCACAACUUCGUCUACGUCAGUUCUAUGUUUUCCCUGUCGACGAUUAGUAUAAUCAUUAUAACGAAAUAAAAUAAAUGUUAAUAUAAAUAAAUUCUUGAAACCUUCUCAUGGAACUAUUUUGGGGGACAGGCAAUAACACGUGAAGUAGAUACAAAAAACAAAAUUCUACCUCAAACAAACUCUACAAUCAAUUUUGAGAUUUAAUAUUUAAUGAAAUUUGCAGUGACCUUAUGUGACAUACCACUCCUCUUCUAUAAUUAUCGCGUGUAGUCGUUAAGGUUAUUUUUAAACAACAAGUAUUCAUGCUAGUUUACAAAAAUUAUACAAUUAUUACAGCGUAUAACUCAAAUAAGAAUUUAUUCUUUAUCUAUCUCGCAUCCUCGAUUUUACUAUUCAAACGAAUAUAUUAAUUAAUAUUAACAAUAGAAAUAUUAUCUAAAUUAAAUUCAAUGUUUUAUGCAUUUUAAUAGAGCAAAGUUUGCUGAAACAUUUUCGAAACGUCCAGUAAGUCUCACCAAAACGUUUAAAUACUAAACCAGAAACGAAUGCAACUGAACGGAACUGCGCUGAAUGUAGUCGAUUAAUUCUUGGCUACAUUUAACUAAUUAACAAACCUAACGUAAAUAAGUGUGAACGAGACGGUUGUGGCAAGCAUCCAAGAUGAAUUUGAUGUUUCGGAAGAACUUCAGUACUGAAAAGACAGUUUCGGGGGGAGGCGGUGGGGGGAAGGCGAAAGGAGCUUUGGGAGCGGGCAGGAACGCGAAACGCAGGGAUCGUGACCGCUUCUCAUGCAUGGAGGAACAUCAUUACAGAACACAUCUGUUCUUCUCCGCGCCAAGGGCCAGUACACAGUACAACGAUGGCUCAGGUAACUCUGGAAAACGAUGUGGUCCAGUACUCGGUGGUGGAACGGGGCCAGAGCUGGAGCCGCCGCAGCCGCUGGUCACCAGGGAACCUUCGGUGUCCCUGCUGCGGUGGGAGCGGCCGGCAACCACGGAGCGCAGGAGAACGGAGCCAGUAUCCUUGGCAACCCUCGAGAGAGACUGCUUCGUGAUACCAGCACAUGCCCUCGAUCGGUUCCUGCCUGAUGGUGUGCCGCUGCCGGUGCCUCCUCCAACACCAGAGAAGGGAAUGGCAACGAAAACUGCUCCAAAUUCCCUGAGCGUCCUCGAAGUAGCGGACCCAAAGUUAUGCAUUUUAGCUCAUCUAAUGAGUCCUUUAGAACCUAUAGAGCCCAUUCUAGAAUCUCCACUUACCAAACCGUUGGUGAAACAGAAAGCGGCUGCUGGAGAGUUGUUAAAUGACGUAGCUCAAGCCAAUACUGCCGUAGGAGGGAUGCUUUUAGCCAAUAUGGAGAAGAACGCUGAAUUUCCAUUCAUAUCUUACUAUGUGAUAAAUACGACACAAACUGAUCCAUUAUUAUUUUAUAACAAUAUGAGGUGUGCCUCGUUAACGAAGUUCGAUCCUAAGACAAUACGAUAUUCUGCGGCGCAUACCUUGGAUUUAUAUAGUGAAGUUGCAAUGAUUUGUAGGCCUCCGUUUAAUGAUCUCGCUGGAGGUCCUAAGAAGUCACACACACCGACUACUGGAUUUAUAAUUAGUGUGUAUAAGGUAUUCGAAGGAGACGAUGGCGAGCGUUUCGAAAGAAACUGGUUAUAUUGGACCGGCGCUCGGAUGCUAUACCGUCACCUGCCACACUCGGUCGGUUUGAGGAAGAUAGCUCUGCACAAAUCGGUUGCAGCGCACGGCGAUAAAAUGUACUUACUGGUUUGCGAAUGCGCCAAUCUGCUUGACGACCUGUCAGGCGCCGCCAUGUUAAUAACGGCUUUACGAGCCAGGUUGUGCGGCUACACCGGCCUUUAUAGACCAAUACAGACUUUUUAGUAGCGGGAGAUGGGCCUUAACGGCCUCACAUGUGUUUUAAUAUAGCUAAGAGAUAUCUUUAGAGUUUAGGGAAACUGAUGUAUUAUUCGGUUGUGUUCAUUGUUUAGUCUGUAAAUUAUGUGUAAAAUAAAUGAUGUGUUAUGUUA